AAAAAAAAAAAAAAAGUAGAACUGCAAACAGUUUCAAGAUCCAACAAACACAUCCUCAGAAACUGUCCAUUCAACAGCAGUUUCAUCACUCUGGCUCAAACAACACCCUCAAACAACACUCCCCCCCAAUAAAAAAAAACAUGUCUGAUCAGCUUCCUCCGGGUCCACCCUGGCAUCACCCACCCCAUCAGAACCAGCCCAGCGGCUCGCAUAUCAUCCAUAUCAUCUCUUCCUCCUCUACCCUCCAAGAAGAAGAAGAAGAAGGAGCUGACAUUCGAUUAUCCAAGUCCUAUCCUUUCUGCGCUGAUCCGUUGAUUGAAAAGAAGAAGAAGAAGAACGAGCAGCAGCAGAGCGAGAACGCGGGCGAGAUGAUGAUGAGUGUGUUGAUGACGACGAUCCGGGGGAGGAGGGUUCAGUGGCUCUGCAACUGGCUCGGCUCGCUCGUCCUGGCCGCCAUCCUCAUCCUGUCCCUCUCCCGUCCUCUCGGCCGGGCCUCCCCCUUCCUCCCUCCUAACACUCCUUCCCCUGCUUCUUCUGCGCCACAACAACUCAACCCCGACGUCCGCUUCCAGAUCGGCUUUCAGACUCAUUCUUCCUCCUCUUCCUCCCCGGCUUCCGACCCCGAUCUCUCUUCUUCAACCGCUCCGACAAAUCAGAUCGCCCCUCCUCUCACCUCGCCCCCCCUAGUCUUCUCUCAUGAUCAAGCCGACGAAAUCGCUCGUAGGAUCUUCAACGCCGCUCCUGUCUUGGGAUACUAUGAGCAGUCGAACGGCAGACUAUCGAACUGGAUGGCCAACGUAGCCGACGGAGUCGCGAUCACGAGCAUGUCGAUCCCGGGCACCCAUGAUGCAGCCACCUGGAAUUACACGCAAGCUACUCAAGACUAUCUGGAACCAGUCACCGGAAAGUUGCCGCCGGCCAUUGCCUUCCAAUGCCAAGAUCGUAGUUUGUUUCAGAUGUUGGGCGAUGGGAUCCGGUUUUUCGACUUGAGAGUAGGCUUCUUACCGGACCACCAACAGCUAGGAUUUUACCAUGCUUCUGCGCUUUUGAGCACGACAGCAACGCUCCCGGAUGUCUUGUUGGGCUUCUACAAAUGGCUGGACGAGCAUCCGACUGAGACCGUGCUCAUGUCCAUCAAGGUCGACAAUGCCACCUUCGGCAACCCACCCUCGCCCGGCCAACCCUCGAGUAAAACGCUCCAACUCAUGCUCUAUCAGCUCUUGACUCAGUCCCAAUUGGCCCGGGAUCAUUGGUUACAGGAAGAUUCUAAGCUUGGAACAUUAGGAGAAGCGCGAGGCAAGCUGAUCUUUAUCCAACGGAUAGACUGGUCGGAGAUCCGAUCCCGACGGGAGGACUAUACGCCGAUCGGGAUCCCGCUGCCGCCCCAGCAGUUCAACGACAACGACCCGGACUUCUCGAUCCUCUACAAUCCUGUCGACCGGGCCUCCGCCUAUGUCGAAGACUUCUACAACAUCCUCCCCAAUCCUUCGCCCAUCCUUGACAAAUUCAACCGCAAGUUCGACGCCGUUCAGAACCAUUUGAGCUUGGCUGCUGCCCUCAAUCCUCAAACCGUCGACCAGCUCUUCAUCACUUUCGCUAGCGGCGGCGCGCUCCUUAACUCGCCCCCCGUCACGCCUAAGAUGUUAGCGAUCGGAACCGGCGAAGGCGCGAGUCUGAAGAACUCCGUCAACGGCCGGAUCGAGGCGUUGAUCCAAGAGCAAUACAGCAAUGGAGCCAAUGAUCCGAACAACAACGGACAAGCUCCUCAGAGAUUGGGCAUCCUGAUCUUCGACUGGUAUCAUCAGCUACCUAACCUCGUCCAAUCCGUCAUCAAUCAGAAUCCAUUCUCUCCUCCUCCUCCUUCUUCUUCUCCUUCUUCUACUGACGAUUACUCCAAUUAUGGGCCUUGAGUUCACAGAUCUUCCCUAUUCAACCAUCCACUCAAAGACCUUUUGA